AUGACCAUCGUACCACUUCGUGCUCUGCCCCGUCUGUUCCGCCGCGCUGCAGCAGCUUGGGUGUGCAAAAUUUCCCACCCCCGUCGGCCUCCGUCUGCCAACACCUCCAUCCCGUCUCUGCGUCACAAAAAAAAGACGACGUGUCCCGUGGUUCCCAAGGCUUCCUCUGUCACGGCUCUCUCAUCCUUCUCUCUCUCGCCUUCCCUCCCCAGACCUUCAUGCGCGCGCUGUCCCAUUCCGGCCGCCGCCACUCCUCAAGCUCGUCAUCGUGCAGUAGGGGACGCUCCCUCUGCUGCAUCUCUGGACUUCACACUGGAUCCGAUAGAGUCCGCCAGCUCCCCUCAGCAAGGACACUCGACGCUUCAUAGCCAGUCCGCCGUCGUUGCUCCGACACAAGGCUCGGAGCCUACGCCAACAUCUCCGGCGCGACGGUCGCGCCUCGAUAAAUACACCGAUUCGACUCUCGACUCCUCUGCUGCUGCUGCUGCUGCUGCUGCUGCUGCUGCUGCUGCUGCUGCUGCUGCUGCUGCUGCUGCUGCUGCUGCUGCUGCUGCUGCUGCUGCUGCUGCUGCUUCGCCUGCGGCCGCUGCCGGUCCAGCCCAACAGCAUCUUUGGCCCUCUCACCACGAAUCGCUUCAUCGCGUUGUCGUCGGGGCCGUUCGCUGCCCUGCCCUGCCCCCGGUAUCCUUCACCAUGUCUCUGCGUCGCAAGGCAGCGCCGUCUGUCCCCGACACACCUCGCGUCAUCUCGCCGAGUCCCGACCCCUCGGAGCUCGACGCGGGCUACUCGGCACCCACGACCCGCUCGGCGGCCCGGAGAAGAAUAGCGUCCUCUCAGCACUCGCAAGACGAACAUCCCCAAGAAGACGAUGUUGACGAUGAGGUUCCCGGCCUGCGAAGGUCCCGCACGAGAAGUAGAUCGCCGAUCGAUUCUCGAACAGUGGCCCGCAUGACACCGAGCAGCUCCAACCUUGCCAUGAAACCUUUGUCCAAGGAGCCUUCUGAAAAGGUCGUCACAAAUGGCAAGAUAUCUACUUCGAAUGGGCACCUGGCCCCUCCCCAGCCUGCCACGCCCUCGGGCUGGUCCUGGCGGGACUUUAGUCGCAGUCCCAGCCCUCUCGGCCUCAUCCCCAUCCACCGACACUGGCGGACAUUCGUCCACAAACACGAGGUGCCUCGCAAAGCCCUCCACGUCUCGAUAGGCUUCUUUGUGGUGUGGCUGUACACGACGGGGACGCAGACGCAGUCUGUUCCCCCGUAUCUCAUGGCCGGACUGAUUCCCAUUGCUACGACAGACUGGCUUCGACACCGAUACACGGCGGUGAACAGACUGUACGUGCGCCUUUUGGGUGCGCUCAUGCGCGAGAGCGAGUACUCGGGAUACAAUGGCGUCAUAUUCUACCUACUUGGCGCCUGGGCUGUCUUGUACUUUCUCCCCAAGGACGUGGGUGUCAUGAGUGUUUUGCUGUUGAGCUGGUGCGACACGGCCGCCAGUACGUUUGGGCGCCUUUGGGGCCGCCAUACACCUCGGAUUCGUCGUGGCAAGUCGCUGGCCGGUUCCUUUGCCGCCUUCUUGGUCGGCGUGGCUACGUCAUUCUUCUUUUAUGGCUGGUUGGUCCCCGUUAUCGGGCCCAUGCCUGGGGACGAGAACUUCAUGUUCAAGGGGACCCUCUCGCUCCCGUCUGCCGUGACGAGCGCUCUCGGUGUGUCUCGGGCUGCAGCUACCGUGUCGGGCACUUUGGCCUUGUCCAUCAUGAGCUUGUGGUCUGGUUUUGUUGCUUCUGCCAGUGAAGUGAUUGAUAUUUUUGGCUGGGACGAUAACCUAACCAUACCCGUCCUCAGCGGCAUUGGCAUCUGGGGUUUCCUGAGGCUUUUCGCUUAA